AUGGAUGAAGCUCCCAUGGACGUGGAUCCCGUUGAUGAUGGACCAAGGCACAUGACAGCUCCCCUUCCAAUGACACCAACACCUGCUACCGCACCAGCCGACAACAUGUCCAAAGAGGAGGAAGCUAGACAUUCCAUUGAAAUGUUAAGAGGAGAUGAUGUUUCCGCGCGUGUGGCAGCAGCAAGUCGCUUGGAAUCUAUUGCGUCGGUAUUGGGAGAAGAACGAACCCGUCAGGAGCUACUGCCGUUUAUAACGGAUGGUGCCGACGACGAAGAUGAAGUGUUAUUGGCUAUAGCUGGUUCACUCGGAAAGCUGGUGAGACAUGUUGGCGGCAACGACCAUGCACACAAUCUGUUGCCCCCACUAGAGUUGCUAUUGUCAGUCGAGGAAGCAAGUGUUCGAGAAGCAGCUUUUGCAAGCAUGAAAACCGUUUCGGAAAGUCUUCCUGAAAAUACAUUCCGAGAUCAAUAUGAAAAGGUCCUUUCGCGGCUGGCGAAGAGCGAAUGGUUCACAGCACGAAUGUCUUCUGCAGGUCUGAUUUGCUCUGCAUACCCUAGGUUUACAUCGGAACAACAAAAAGUGCAUCUCUCCUUGUUCACGGGUCUAUGUCAGGAUGAUACACCAAUGGCGAGACGAGUGGCUGCACAAAACCUUGGGGAGAUGAUUCGAAACGUUGUGGAGUCGAAUGGUAGAGAAACACUAGCGUUGGAUGGGAUAAUCACAACAUCACUGAUCCCGCUCUACGAAGAACUUGCAUCGAAUGAUCAACCGGAUUCCGUUCGUUUACAAACGACGCACAAUUGCGUAAUAUUUGGGCAUGCCAUGGGAACACUAGCAAAGACGGGCCCAUUGCAAGCGAACGAAACGGCGUUGAUUCAAAGAUUAGUCCCCUUGAUCAUGGCAACGAUAGACGAUCGAUCGUGGCGCGUACGAUGGACUGCAGCUUCCAAGUUUGCUGAAGUAAUUGGGGGUUUUGAUGCACUUCCCAGCGUUAUGGAUUCAUUGAUUCCUGCCUAUGAAAAACUGCUGCAAGAUCCCGAAGCUGAAGUUCGAACCGCUGCCACUUUUAAUCUGGCGGCUGUUGCCAAGAACUGCACGACGCCUGUCCCCGUCCCACCCAUUGGUCGUAUGCCCACCGAAGAAGAAAUGGUGAAUUACCAAGGAGAACGAGUCAGUGCUGCUGAGCGAUUGGUAAAACGAGUAACAUCCUUGACGGAAGAUGACAGUGAACAUGUACGAGCGGCGUUGGCCAUGGUGGCCACCGAGUUGGCACCCAUAUUGGGCAAGGACGCGACUAUUAUUCAUUUGGUCCCGCCCAUCUUGCUCCUUUUGCGAGAUGCCGCAUCGGAAGUCCGAUUAAACCUGAUAUCGUCCCUGGGUGCCUUGAAUGAAGUGAUUGGUGUUGAUCUAUUGUCACAGUCGCUACUUCCAGCGAUUUUGGAUCUGGCACAAGACGGAAAAUGGAGAAUCCGUUUAGCCAUUCUUCAGCACAUGCCCCUCUUGGCAAAGCAGCUAGGAAGAGAUUUCUUUACCGAAAAGUUGUCAUCCAUUUGUGUCGGUUGGUUGGGAGAUGACAUUGCCAGUAUCCGUGCGGCAGCCGCCAACAACUUGGCCGAACUCACAAAACUCUUUGGGACCGAUUGGGCCUGUGAAUACUUGAUUCCAUCGGUCGAUGACAUUCGACUCCAUCCCUCCUAUCUUCGACGACUCACGGCUGUCCAAGCCUGUUCCAAAAUGGCCAUGGAGAUGGACCCUGGCAUGGCUUCCAUUGAAAUUCUCCCCAUUAUUUUGGAAAUGGCCACGGAUACCGUACCCAAUAUUCGCUUCAACGUUGCCAAAGAGCUGGGUAAACUAUCCAAAGUCUUUGAUCAGAACAUUUUUGAUCAGCAAAUCUAUCCCAUACUCACCCUGUUGAUGGAUGAUCCGGAUCGAGACGUUCAGUUUUUUGCCAAGAAGGCUUCCAAACGAACGGAAUAA